CACAUUCUCUUGUCAUUUACCAGCUGACAUUGUUGACAAGUUUACAAAAUAUAGGAAAGAAAUGAAAAAACAAUAAAUAAAAAUGGCCCUCAGUUAUCUUGCAGAGAGCGAAGCGCCGCGGGAUUUUAAAGUUUCAUCUACGGAGAGUGAAGGACAUUACAAGAAAUGUCUACUGUGUUAUACAGUCAAGAAAAACUUUUAUUGCGCCGAAUGUGUUAAAAAUGGAAACUUUGUACAUUCUUCUAUGCCCUACUCGGACAGAUUUGCUGAAAAACAAGCUAAACUGAUGAGAUUAAAACUUAAUAGACAACACAUACUGGACAGAUGUGAAAAAUUAUUAGCACCAAGGCUCAGGAAAGACAUUCUGCUCACAGAUAACAAAUUGUCACGGGACAAAUUGGAUCUCUUGCGGAUGGCCAUAGAGCAACGGAGAAGUAUUAUUGAGGCAAAGAGAAAAGAGUUGUCAGAGUUGAAGAAUCAUAACACUGAGCUGCAACUCAAACUGCCAAGGUAUCAAAAGAGAGUGGCCAGUCUCGGGAAACAUGCUCAAAAUCAAAGCAUGGAACUUCAGAAUAAAAUCAGUACUUACAACGACCAAGCCGAAGAUCUUGCAGCUCUACGGAGAUCCAGAAUACGACAGUUUACUAAAUACAUAUUUCCCGUUUACUUAAGCUAUGACCCAAGUGACAGUAUAGAAGACCUAGAGUUCCUCGGCGAGGAGUCCGAGGAGGAGCCCCCGCACCGGCCGCAGCUGCACAUCGGCGCGCCCUGGAUAGACGCGGACGGGGACUGCGAUCACAUACAGGCCUGGGUGUCGGAGAACAAGGAGGCGUACACGAGCGGCGAGGCGCCAACCAUCAUCAAUCAAUUUGUUAUUCUGCAGUACAAUUAG